AUGAGGACGCGUCGGAUAAAUAUAUUUAGUUUGCAAGAUAAAUCUCCUACGCUCUCAUGGCCGCGCCCUCAGCAAAGACCUUUCCGUGGUGUUUGUAAUGUGGUUUUUGUCGAUACAAUGACUGAGUCUGAGGCGGGGAGUUCUCAAGGCUCCAACACGACGAAAAACCUUGUUCUCGCGAGCUUCGGGAGACCAAGGAACCAAGGAGACGCCAACACGGCGAUCAACUUCAGGAUUUAUCAAGCGUGA